UCGUGAAUCCGCCGACGCGGCUAGGACUCCAUCCGCGGAGACCGUUCACCAUCCAUGUCUCCGCGCCCGUGAUCGAGCAUCCCAAAUCAAAUCCAUGAACCGAUCGAGCGUGCGGCCCCCACCAAUGCAACCCAACGCAAGCGAAGCACAUAUGCCAAACCGAGCCCUCCGCAAUCAAGCUCAACUCUGAAAACUCUCACUUCCCGGUUUAAGAGAGACACAAGCAAAGCACAGAGAGCUCGUAGGCAGCAGCUAGCUUGCCCUGCAUUGCCGAUCGAUCAACACGCGCACACCACCAUGGCGAAUCCACCACCGCUAGUCGUCCUCCUGCAGCUGCUGCUCCUCCCCCUCCUCUCCACCGCCAUCACGCUCCCGCUCUACCGCAACCUCCCGCCCGUCCCCGCCGACACCGACCACCCCCACCAUCACCCGCUCUCCCGCCUCGCCGCCGCCUCCCUCGCCCGCGCCGCGCACCUCGCCCGCCCGCGCCCGCGCUCGCGCCAAGGAACCGCGCCGCCACCGUCCGUCCGCGCCUCGCUCUACCCGCACUCCUACGGCGGCUACGCCUUCACCGUCUCCCUCGGCACGCCGCCGCAACCCCUCCCCGUGCUCCUCGACACCGGCAGCCACCUCUCCUGGGUCCCCUCCACCUCCUCCUACAGUGCGAACUGCUCCUCCCUCUCCGCGGCCUCCCCCCUCCACGUCUUCCACCCCAAGAACUCCUCCUCCUCCCGCCUCAUCGGCUGCCGCAACCCUUCCUGCCUCUGGAUCCACUCCCCCGACCACCUCUCCGACUGCCGCGCCGCCUCCUCCUGCCCCGGCGCCAACUGCACGCCACGGAACGCCAACGCCAACAACGUCUGCCCGCCCUACCUCGUCGUCUACGGCUCAGGAUCCACCGCCGGCCUGCUCAUCUCCGACACGCUGCGCACGCCCGGCCGCGCCGUCAGGAACUUCGUCAUCGGCUGCAGCUUGGCGUCCGUGCACCAGCCGCCGUCCGGCCUCGCCGGUUUCGGCCGCGGCGCGCCGUCUGUGCCGUCCCAGCUCGGCCUCACCAAGUUCUCCUACUGCCUCCUGUCUCGCCGGUUCGACGACAACGCCGCCGUCAGCGGCGAGCUGAUCCUCGGCGGCGCGGGUGGUAAGGACGGUGGCGUCGGGAUGCAGUACGCCCCGUUGGCUCGGAGCGCGAGCGCCAGGCCGCCGUACUCCGUCUACUACUACCUGGCUCUGACCGCCAUCACGGUGGGCGGGAAGAGCGUGCAGCUGCCGGAGAGGGCGUUCGUCGCCGGGGGCGCCGGGGGAGGCGCCAUCGUCGACUCCGGCACGACGUUCUCCUACUUCGACCGCACGGUGUUCGAGCCGGUGGCGGCGGCGGUGGUCGCGGCCGUGGGAGGGAGGUACAGCCGGUCCAAGGUGGUGGAGGAGGGCCUCGGCCUCAGCCCCUGCUUCGCGAUGCCGCCGGGGACGAAGACGAUGGAGCUGCCGGAGAUGUCGCUCCACUUCAAGGGCGGCUCCGUCAUGAACCUCCCCGUCGAGAACUACUUCGUGGUGGCCGGACCGGCUCCGAGCGGCGGCGCUCCGGCUAUGGCCGAGGCCAUCUGCCUUGCCGUGGUGAGCGACGUCCCAACCAGCUCCGGCGGCGCCGGAGUCUCCUCCGGCGGGCCGGCGAUCAUUCUUGGGAGCUUCCAGCAGCAGAAUUACUACAUCGAGUACGACCUGGAGAAGGAGAGGCUCGGAUUCCGGCGCCAGCAAUGCGCCUCGUCGUCGUAAGCUCCAAUCCAUGGCAAUGGCGGGGGCUUGUGCUGAUCGAGUUAAUUAAUUACGUACUCCACGUACGAAAAAAAAGUUAGUUGAUGAUAAAGCUGUGCGUUUAUGCAGCUUUCUAGUAGUAAUUGUAUUAGCUAGCGUGUCCCGUAUUAGAGCGAGGUUAGAGAUGAAGCGCAUUUUAUGAACAAUAAGAUAUUACUAGCUCGAUGUGAAUCUCUUUUUACAAUGGCGUGGCCGUGGCGUGUGUGGAUGCGUUCGCCGUCAGUUUGUGGUUGCAAAGGCAGAUUAGAUACUCCAUUAUUAGUGUCCGUAAGCGGAAUGAAGAAAAAGACGAGGGAAAAGACGAUGUUUGUAUCUUUUCCUUUUGGGAUUGCUUUGCUUUGGCAAAGAGAGAAAGCACGAGAGAGUAUUUACUCUACCCCUCUCUUGUUGUACGAGUUCUUGGUAGUGUAAUUCUCGAAGUGUUUGAUCUGA